AUGACCUUCGAUGACCUCAUCGCGAAGGACGACGCCAUACCGCUCUCUACGACCUUUUACGACCACCAGCCGCACAUCAACCCCUUCAUGCGCGGCUUCGCGUGCCACGUGCUCUGUGACAUGGCACUGGACGAGGGCAUGAGGAUCAAGAUGGACACCUACUUUCUCGCGACGACGCUACUUGACCGUUACCUCGCCAUCACUCCCGUCUCCACGCACGAGCUCUAUCUCUUUGGCGCGGCUUCUCUCGUCGCCGCUUCCAAAUACGAGGAAAUCUAUACCCUUCGUCUUGAGGCACUGUGCGCACGCAACCGCAACAUUUUCAACGUUGAUAUGCUUCUCAACGCGGAAGCUACGUUGCUCCUUACGCUGCAGUUUCGCGUUAGCGUAGCCAACAUCAGUACCCUGGCGCACACGAUGAUUGUUGACCAGGACCCGCCCGCCUCACCAAAGCAACGGCAGCUUCUUCUUUACCUGCUCACCACUUUAUCGCUGCAAACCUACUAUGGACAAUACAGACAGUCACUCCUAGCCGCUGCCGCGGUGUACAUCUCGCGUGUUGCCUUUGCAAUUCCGACAGGAGAGCCCAACACUGCGGUGCGCGACACCCUUCCGCUGGUUCUCGCAGCGGUGGAGGAAAACAAGAACCCGGCUGUUCAAUUUGGCUGCGCUCUCCGCGAGACCUUUGCACAACCGCGUUUUGGUGGU